UAUCCAUCGCCUGGUAGCCACCGCCACUCUGCGUCCUCUGGGGAUCUCCUCCCUUUAUGUAGGCACACUUAACACACCAAUUAUCUCGUCUCGGAUCUAGAUUUUUCCUCGUUUUCCUUUCCCCCCCUCUCUCUUCACUCCUCGCCCCGGGUCAGGCUUAACCAUCACUUUGUUUGGUAUAAACAAUCGUUGGUGAUCAUCACAUCGGGAGCCAAAGGACGUUUGCCACUGUUCGCUUUGAGACCGAGCUGCUGGGGCGUCAUGACGGCGGAAAAUAGCGGGCCCGUUGUAAACGGUAAACAAGGCGAGGACCCUGAAGGCUCAGCCGCCAGUGUGGACAAGCAGGAGUACCAUGAGAGGGGCCACUGGAACAACAAAAUCGAGUUCUUCCUGUCCGUCGCCGGGGAGAUCAUCGGCCUCGGCAACGUCUGGAGGUUCCCUUACCUCUGCUACAAGAAUGGAGGAGGGGCCUUCUUCGUACCGUACGUCAUCUUCUUUGUGUGCUGUGGCAUCCCCGUGUUCUUCCUGGAGACCGCCAUGGGACAGUUCACCAGCGAGGGAGGCAUCACGUGCUGGAGGAAGGUCUGCCCGCUCUUUGAGGGGAUUGGCUACGCAACCCAGGUGAUUCAGGCUCAUCUAAACGUCUACUACGUGGUCAUCCUAGCCUGGGCUAUCUUCUACCUCUUCAACUGCUUUACCACCGAGCUGCCCUGGGCUAACUGCGGCCACUACUGGAACACAGAGAACUGUGUUGACAUGUAUGGAGCGAACGCCACCAACUUCACAAACCCAAACGCCACUUCUCCGGUCAUUGAGUUCUGGGAACGCAGAGUGCUGAAGAUAUCAGAUGGCAUCGAGCACAUGGGCAGUAUUCGCUGGGAGCUGGCCUUCUGUCUGGCCCUGGCCUGGUUCAUCUGCUACUUCUGCAUCUGGAAGGGACCCAAAUCUACCGGCAAGGUGGUGUACGUGACGGCCACAUUCCCCUACGCUAUGCUGUUGGUCCUGCUGAUCCGAGGGGUGACACUGCCAGGAGCGUGGGAGGGCAUCAAGUUCUACCUCUACCCGGACAUCUCCCGCCUCUCAGACCCUCAGGUAUGGGUGGAUGCAGGGACUCAAAUCUUCUUCUCAUACGCCAUCUGCUUGGGCUGUCUCACUGCUUUGGGCAGCUACAACGCCUACAACAACAACUGCUACAGGGACUGCCUCAUGCUGUGCUGUCUGAACAGCGGCACCAGCUUCGUGGCGGGCUUCGCCAUCUUCUCCGUGCUGGGCUUCAUGGCCUUGGAGCAGGGCGUCCCCAUCGAGGCUGUGGCCGAGUCGGGUCCCGGCCUGGCCUUCAUCGCCUACCCCAAGGCGGUCACCAUGAUGCCCCUGUCCCCACUCUGGGCCUUCCUCUUCUUCAUGAUGCUCAUCUUCCUCGGACUGGACAGUCAGUUUGUGUGUGUGGAGAGUCUGGUGACGGCCGUGGUGGACCUGUACCCCGAGACGUUCAGGAGGGGCUACCGCAGAGAGCUGCUCAUCCUGGGCUUGUCGGUCGUCUCCUUCUGCGUAGGACUCAUCAUGUGCACAGAGGGCGGAAUGUACGUGUUCCAGUUGUUUGAUUCUUACGCGGCAAGUGGGAUGUGUUUGCUGUUUGUGGCCAUAUUUGAGUCUAUAGCCAUCGGCUGGGUCUACGGAAGUGACAGGUUCUACUCCAACAUUGAGGACAUGAUUGGCUACAAGCCAGUCUUCUUCAUCAAAUGGUGCUGGAUGAUCCUUACCCCGGGCAUCUGCGCUGCCAUCUUCCUGUUCUUCCUCAUCAAAUACAAGCCCCUGAAGUACAACAAUGUGUACACUUACCCGGACUGGGGCUACGGCAUCGGCUGGUUCAUGGCCAUGUCCUCCAUGGUCUGCAUCCCGUUCGGGAUGAUCUGGAUGAUCUGGAAGACCCCCGGCACCUUCAGCGAGAGGAUGAAGAAGUUGACCACACCGAGUCCAGACCUGAAAAUGAGAGGGAAACUCGGAACCACGAGUCCUUACGCCGUCAACGAUGCAAAACCAAAGGCUGACGGGAAAGUAUCCGCCCACACAGAGAAGGAGACGCAUUUUUAACUGCCGCAAUCAAGCAACGACCAAGCUGCCUGCCAUUUCAACAACAAUCAUCACAGGAAAUACAAAAGGAAAGUUCAACAACGACGGCAUCUCCCACUCAACCUAA